AUGGCUUUAGAGCUGGUAGCAGGAGCAUUUCUGACCACAGUCUUUGAUCAUUUGGUUCAGAAAAUGGGAUCCCCUGUGGUCGUUGACUUCUUCAGAGGCCACAAUCUUGAUGAAGGGCUACUUAAUAAGCUGAAGAUAAGUAUGAUCACUGUGAGUGGGCUGCUUGAUCACGCUGAGGAGAAGCAAAUUUCUGUUCCAGCUGUGAAAAAAUGGGUUGAUGAGCUCAAACAUAGUGCCUACGAAGCUGAUGACUUGUUAGAUGAGAUUGCUUAUCAAGAUCUGCAAUCCAAGUUGGAAGCUGGAUCUCCUAAACAAAAGGUGCGCAAGUUUCUCUCUUCUAAGUCAUUUGAAAAGAAAGUGAAUGAAAAAUUACUAGACAUCUUUGAGCAAAUUGAACACUUGCUAAAACAAAUGCAAGCCCUAGGUUUGACCAUGAGAGAGGGCAUUGGAGAAAAACCAUCAUUGCAUAAAAUUCCAACUACUUCCCUUCUGCCAGAUGAUGAUGAAUCUAGCGUUUAUGGAAGGCAGUUUGAGAAGGAAAAUAUAAAAAAUUUGAUGCAAUCAACUGAUGAUAAGGACUUGGGUGCAAUUUGCAUAGUGGGUAUUGGUGGUUUGGGUAAAACUACAUUUGCUCGACUUGUCUAUAAUGAUAGUAGGGUAAAGGAGAUGUUUCAACUUAGAGCAUGGGUGUUUGUUUCAGAAGAAUUUGACGUCUCUAAGAUGACAAGAGAUAUUCUUAGGCAGGACCCUGAAGUAUCCUGUGGUGAUGGGGAAGCACUGCAGAGCCUUCAAGAUAAACUUCAGGAGAAAUUGAAGGAAAAAAAGUUUCUACUUGUCCUGGAUGACGUUUGGAGUGAGAGGCCUGUUCAUUGGGAAACUUUACUGAAACCUUUCAAGAAAGGGGCAAAAGGAAGUAAAGUUGUCAUUACAACACGCAGCGGAAGCGUGGCAUCUGCUAUAAGUAAUGAGUUGCGCGUUGAUCAAAAUCACAACCUGAUGAAAUUAAGUCCUGCCGAUUGUUGGUUUUUGCUUGCAAAAUAUGCAUUAUUUCACGAUAGAGAUGAAAGAGAAAAACCAACGUUAGAAAAUAUUGGCAGACAUAUAGCGGAAAACUGUGGAGGUGUAGCAUUAGCUGCAAAAGCAAUAGGGAGUCUACUGCGCUUUAGAAGAGAUGAAGAAUGGGAGACGAUAUCAAAAAGCAACAUAUGGAAAUUGGUGGGUGAUGAUGUCAUUCCAGCACUAGAAUUGAGCUACUAUUAUCUCCCAUCACAUCUAAAACAAUGUGUUGCUUAUUGUGCAAUAUUUCCCAAGGGAUUUAUGUUCAGAAAGGAAUUCGUAAUCCAUUUAUGGAUGGCAGAGGGUCUUCUAAUCCAGCGGAAAGGGAAUAAAGAAUUGCACGAAGUUGGCAGUGAAUACUUUGAUUAUCUUGUAUCAAGAUCAUUUUUCCAACCGGAAAAUUUGUGUGGGCAAGUUUUCAUUAUGCAUGACCUCAUGCAUGACUUGUGUGAAUCUGUUCUGGGAGAAUUUUGCUUCAGGUUGGAGGGAGACAAUUCAUCCAAGGCCAAGGUUCCUACGAGGACUCGCUAUUUGUCACUAGUCAAAUAUUCUUGUAGUGAAACUGACCGGGAUAAAUUAGAAGGCAUCAAUGAAGGCCAACUUUUACGUAGCUUUUUAUCUAUAAAUCAUGAUAUACAAGAAGUUUCUAAUUGCAUUGAUAACGAGACGACGUAUGAUUUAUUGCUGAAACUCAAGCGCUUGAGAGCCUUGUCUUUGGAAGGUCAACGUGGAAUAUCUAAAUUUCCUAAUUCGUUUAGCAGUUUGAAUCAUUUACGGUAUUUGAAUCUCGGUGGCACAAAGAUUAAAAGGUUACCUGAUUCUGUUUGUAGUCUAUAUCAGUUGCAAAUUUUAAUCUUGAGGCUCUGCUUCUAUCUCAUUCAGCUGCCAACCAAUCUGAGAAGGUUAACAAACUUGUGUUAUCUUGAUCUUGGAUUUGCAGACUUGCGAAAAAUGCCACCACAAUUAAGUAGACUAACUAAGCUCCAAAAGCUCACUGAUUUCUUUUUGGGAAAGGGGAGCGGGUCUAGCAUCAAAGAGAUGGGGAAGCUUCAGCACGUACAGGGAGAACUUAUCAUUCACAAUCUACAAAAUGUUCUUAAUGCUCAAGAUGCUGCAGAAGCAAAAUUGCAGGAUAAAAAGCUCAAGAAGUUGGAGUUCAGAUGGGCACGGAAUGUUAAAAUCAAUAAUCCAGAGCAUGUAGGAGGCAUACUCGAGCAAUUAAAGCCUCACCUGGAGCUGGAGAGUCUUUCCAUCAAGGACUAUGGAGGUAGAGGAUUUCCGGAUUGGUUUUUCAAUUCUUACUUGUCAAAGUUAGUAUCCUUGGAGUUAAAUGGGUGUAAAAGUUGCUCAAGUUUGCCUCCUCUUGGAGAGUUAGCAUCUCUGAAAGAACUCUCAGUCUCAAGUUUUGAAGCACUCCGGUCUAUAGGUGCUGAGUUUUACGGCAUCUACAGUCCCACGGAGAACCCAUUUCCAUCUCUAGAAAGUUUAAAAUUUGAAUUGAUGAAAGAAUGGCAUGAAUGGGAAGAUAAAGCGGGAGCUUUCCCCUGCCUCAAAAAGCUUUACAUAGCACAAUGUCCCAAACUAAAAAAGACCCUGCCGAGCGACCCUCCAUGCUUGAAAAUUCUAUACAUCUCGUACUGUCCGCAACUUGAGCUCAAGCUUCCGAAGGUCUCCGUUGACUAUAAUUUGCAGUUUAAUUUCGAGUCUGGUUGGAUGCAGUUGAUUAAAUCAUCCUCUGGACAGAAUUUAACCCUUUACAGAUCUAUUGAUUUGCUGCCAGAGGUAGUAAAACAAAUGGAUGAUGUUUCCCCUGCUUUCCAAGUAGCCGAAAGCUCAUCAGAGUCGCUCCUCAAGAGUCUUUCAAUCAACGAAUAUGGCGGUACAGGAAUUCCGGAUUGGUUUUCCAAUUCUUACUUGUCAAAUUUUGUCUCCUUGGAGUUAAAUGGAUGUAAAAGCUGCUCAAGUUUGCCACCUCUUGGACUGUUAACAUCUCUGAAGGAACUCUCAAUCUCAAGAUUUGAAGCUCUGAAAUCCGUAGGUUCCGAGUUUUACGGAGGGGACGGUGCCAUAGAGAACCCCUUUCCAUCCCUAGAAAGUUUGAAAUUUCAUUCGAUGCGACAAUGGCAUGAAUGGGAAGAUAAAGAGGGAUCAUUCACCUGCCUCCAAAAGCUUCACAUAGAAGAAUGUCCCAACCUAAAAAAGACCCUGCCUAGUGACCUUCCAUGCUUAACAAAACUAUACAUCUCAAGAUGUCAGCAACUUGAGCUCAGGCUUCCGAAGGUUUCAGUAGACUAUAAUUUGGAAUUUAAUUUCGAGUCUGGUUGGAUGCAGUUGAUUAAAUCAUCUUCUUCGCAAUAUCUAAGGCUUCAUAGCUCUGUAGAUUUGCUACCGGAGAUAGUAAAACAAAUGGAUGGUGUUUCCCCUGCUUUGGAAGUAACUGAAUCCCCAUCAGAGUCGCUUCUCAAGAGUCUUUCCAUCCAUGACUGUCCGAAUCUCGAAAGCUUUUUAUCAGCUGAAGUAACUUCCACAGAUAUCAUAUCUCAUUUCCAACACAUUCAUAUGAUUAAUUGUGGAAGGGUGAGCGUAGUUUCACUUUUGGGGGCUCAAAACAUUCAGAGUGUAAGAAUACAGGAGAAUGACUUUGACGUGUCCUUCUUCAGAAUGCUUUCUCAGUUGUGCCGUCUAAAAGUUGACCUCCUAAGAGAUUCAGGGAUUUUCAGAACAUGGAUGACGGACGAACUUGUUUCCUAUGUCGAAGAAGUUGAAAUCAGAGACAAAUUCGAGCUUUUCCCUCCACUAAAGGGGUUCCCCAAUUUGAAGAACCUUGACAUCGUUGGCUGUUCCAGUCUCGAAAGCCCUUUUGCAGAAAGGGCAAGUCAUGGAGAAUUCACAUCUUUGAGUUCCUUGAGAAUCUAUUCCUGCCCUGAUUCAGUGUUUUUCCAGAAAGGAGUAUCAUUGAAUUUGACAAGUCUUGUGUUAUGGGGUUGCUCCCAGUUGAAAUCAUUGCCUGAAGGUAUGAACUCUCUUUUUCCUUCCCUUGUGAAUUUGGAAAUAGUUCAAUGUCCAGAACUCGAGUGGCUUCCUAGACGGAGUCUGCCUUCCAAAUUACAAUCGCUUCAUCUCCAACAAUGCCGCAACCUCUCCUCUCUAGCAAUCUUUACUGAAGAUGUGGAAUCAAUACUAGAGGAAAAGCAGCCCCCCUGCGUUCUUACCUCUCUUAAAAUUGACAAUCUUCAGAGUCUGGAGUCUCUUAAUUAUGGAGUUCUUGAACACCUUACACAUUUGGAGAUUUCGAACUGCACUAACCUCCUGUACAUGCCAGAAUGCAACCAAUUCCUUCUCCCUUCUCUUGUUUAUCUGUGUAUAAAUAAUUGUCCGCAACUCAAAUCAAUUCUGAAAGGGGGUUUGCCUUCCAAAUUUCAUUCACUUUACAUCCAUAACUGCAACAAAGUCGUGGAUGGCCUCAUGCAACUGGAUUUACGAUUACUGCCACUCUUUCAGGAAUUAACAGUUGGUGGGAGCAACUAUGUGGAAUUACCAGAAGAGACGCUGCUGCCUUCUACUCUAACCUUCCUCAGAUUGCUGGAUCAUCAGUAUCUGAAAUGUCUGAACUACAAAGAUCUCGUACACCUCACACAGUUGACUAUUGGCAACUGCCCUAAGCUACAAUCCUCUCCAGAAUGUAUGCAAACCCUCCUCCCUUCCCUUGUGUGCUUGACAAUCUAUGGAUGUCCAGAGCUGAACUCAUUUCUGACAAGGGGUCUGCCUUCCAAAUUACAAAUGCUUGAAAUUUUGUACUGCGACAAACUAGUUGCAGGACUUAUGCGAUAUGAUUUGCGACAACUGCCAGCUUUGUCACAUCUUACAAUUGUUGGGUAUCACCAUGUGGAAUUAUUACCAGAAGAGACACUGCUACCCUCCACUCUCACGUCUCUUGUACUCUGUAAUUUUGGGAAGCUGAAAUCUAUAGGGCUUCAACACCUAAGGUUCCUUCAGAAAUUGACCAUUGGACAAUGCCCUUCACUCCAAGGCUGGCCAAAAGAGAAGCUUGGCGACUCAGUUAAAACUUUGCGUAUCUAUGGCUGUCCUUUGCUAACGCAAAGUUUCUCAAAAGAAGAAGAACGGUCCAAGAUUUCUCAUGUCCCUGAAAAACUGUGGGUAUAG